UUCACGAGCGUAUACGUCAGUUUCGUUCUGAUUCUGUUGUGGUACACGUUCGACGUAUAACGUUUAUUACGCUCAGGGAGCUGUGCAAUACACGUAUUAUAAAGGAAUACGCGUAGAUACAAGUAGAUACUCCUUAUUCCACAUGAACAAUCGUCGAUUUUCGAUACAUAUAUAAUGGGAACACGUCAAAGACAGGUAAACAAGCCUCAAAGUAAUGCAAACAACCAAAACCAGGAUAAUAAACCAAACAAGUCAGACAGCACAAGCAAAAUGUACAGGCACAAACAUUACACUAAGAAAAAGCUGGCCAUGUAUUCAUUGACGGUUGCAUGUGCUCUAUUACUUGUAGUUUACAUAGGCCUUGCAAACGAUGUCAAUGCAUUUCAGCUUGGUAACAGAGCCAUAGAUAAUUUAGCUUUUUCUCUUAAUCUGCACACACCAUUUUAUGUGGUCAUUAUUGAUGCUGGUUCAACAGCAAGUCGUGUUAUUGCUUUCACAUUUCAUAGAUCAGUAUUAAAUGGACAAAUACAGUUAGAUGAUGAAUUAUUUUAUGAAAUCAAACCUGGACUAAGUGCCUAUGCUAAGAAUCCAAAGGGUGUUGAAAAAUCAUUGAAUGCACUGUUAGAAAAAGCAAAAACAAGAAUUCCUAAAACAGAGUGGUCAAAAACUCCGUUGAGUAUGAGAGCAACGGCUGGUCUUAGGCUUCUUCCUGAUCAUGAAGCAAAUCAAAUUUUGGAAGAAGCCAAAAAAGUAUUUGAUCUCUCUGGAUUUCAACUUAGCAAAGAUUCUGUAGAUAUUAUGGACGGCUCAGACGAAGGCAUAUUUUCAUGGUUUACAGUAAAUUUCUUACUUGACAAAUUUAUAAGCUCUGGUAGCAAUGAAGAUUAUUCAAUUAAAACUGUUGCUGCGCUAGAUCUUGGCGGUGGCUCAACUCAAGUAACGUUUGCGAUUACUCCAAAAAUGAUUGAAAAUCAAUCAAAAGAAUUGGAGAUGCACAAAAAAAAUAUUUAUAACAUAAAUGCCCUUGACAGAAAUAUAAGUAUAUUGACCCAAAGUUUUCUAGGAAUGGGACUUAUGGCAGCCAGAAAGUCUAUUUUAACUCAUUCCGACAAUCAUCCUAAUAAAACUGCUCCUGAAAAUGUUGACUCAGACAGUAUCAAAUUACAUUCUGAGUGCAUAAAUCCUAUUAUUUCUGGAGCUGAGUGGAAUUAUGGUGGUAAAAAGUACAAAAUUUAUGGACCAGUUAAUGGAGACCAUAAAGUUGUAAAAAGCCAGAUUAAUAGUAAUAUUGAAGAAGAUAGGCCUAUAGUAAGAUUUCCCACAUGCCUGGGAAUCAUCAAAAAAGUUGUGAAUGACGCCAUUCCUCAUGAUCUUCCAGUUUUGUCAGAACAUGAAAUUUACGCAUUCUCAUAUUACUAUGAUAGAGCAACAGAGGUUGGAUUAAUAGAUCCAUUCAUUGGUGGGACUGUAACAGUUGCUGACUUGUAUAAUGAAGCUUUGAAAAGUUGUGAAUACCCCAACACAGAUCAGCCUUUCACAUGUUUAGAUUUAUCAUUCAUAUACACAUUGCUUCAUGAUGGUUUUGGUCUUGAAAAAACUACUAAAAUAAAUAUGAAAAAGAAAAUCAAUGGACAUGAAUUAAGCUGGGCAUUAGGAGCUGCCUUUAAUGUUUUACAAACUGCUGUGUAACAAAGAUAUUUUUUGAAUAAAAUUUUAGUCUAAAUACUAUGUGGUGCUGUAUUUUUCAGGAAAAAUCUUUUGUAUUCUUGUGAUAUAAUCCCUCUUUAUGUGAAAAAGUAAUGUCAUUUCAGCUUGGUGAAUUUAGGGAAUUGUUUACAAUUAAGACAUGUGAUCACAAAUUGUUCAUACUAAUUGUAAGAAACUUACUAAUGUUAAAAAUGUGCAACUGUUGACAUACUAAAGUGCCUUACAAAAACCCACUUGGUGGAACUUCGUGACGUUUAUAUUUAUAUUCUUGAACAAAAUUAAAUAUUUUAUUAAGUAUCACUAA